UCCUAACGAGCUUUGCUCUGACAACAGCCUCAUAUUGUAUAGUUUCCAUUGUUCUCUCAUGGCGGCUCUCUCGAAUCCCCACUUUCCAAUCCACUGCUCAAAGCCUGAGUUAGACUCUGCUUGGAAACCCAUUUCUCUCCCAGCAAGGAUAGGAAUAUCCAUCAGCCAUGCCCCAAGGAAACUGGUGCUCUCUCCGAGGAGUGUCGACGAAAAGAUCUCUAACAGUACUUUCUCUGCCAACGGCCCUGUUCCUCCUACUCCAACUCGAUCAAAGGUGAGACGACACACAAUUUCAGUGUUUGUUGGUGAUGAAAGUGGAAUGAUUAAUAGGAUUGCUGGAGUUUUUGCAAGGAGAGGAUACAACAUUGAGUCCCUUGCAGUUGGUUUGAACAAAGAUAAGGCACUCUUCACCAUAGUUGUCUCUGGUACUGAAAGAGUGCUCCAACAAGUUGUAGAGCAGUUACAAAAGCUUGUGAAUGUUUGGAAGGUUGAAGAUCUCUCAAAUGAGCCCCAGGUUGAACGUGAGCUAAUGCUUAUAAAAGUGAAUGCAGAUCCUAAGUUUGGAGCUGAGAUCAAGUGGUUAGUGGACAUCUUCAGGGCAAAGAUUGUGGAUAUCUCAGAGCAGUCACUCACAAUUGAGGUAACAGGAGAUCCGGGGAAAAUGGUUGCUGUGCGAAGAAAUUUAAGCAAGUUUGGGAUCAAAGAAAUUGCUAGAACAGGAAAGAUUGCCCUGAGAAGGGAAAAGAUGGGUGCGUCUGCUCCAUUCUGGAGAUUUUCAGCUGCUUCAUAUCCAGAUCUUCAAGAAACUGCGGCUGUUAAUGCUCUUGCUGGGGCCAGAGAUAGACCAGUAUUCAGUGAGGCUGAUGUUUCUGGAGGGGGUGAUGUUUAUCCGGUGGAGCCGUCUGAUGGUUUCAUGAUCAAUCAAGUUCUUGAUGCUCAUUGGGGUGUUCUCAAUGAUGAAGAUACAAGUGGAUUCCAAUCUCAUACUUUAUCCAUGCUGGUAAAUGACUCUCCCGGAGUUCUAAACAUUGUUACAGGGGUUUUUGCUCGAAGAGGGUAUAAUAUUCAGAGUUUGGCUGUUGGGCAUGCAGAAGCUGAGGGGCUCUCCCGCAUUACAACUGUUGUCCCAGGUACAGAUGAAUCAAUUAGCAAGUUGGUGCAGCAACUCUAUAAGCUCGUAGAUCUGCAUGAGGUACGGGACCUUACCUACUUGCCAUUUGCUGAACGAGAAUUGAUGUUGAUAAAGAUUGCUGUGAAUGGUGCUGCUCGACGAGAUGUCCUCGACAUCGCCAACAUUUUUAGGGCCAAGGCUGUUGAUGUUUCUGGCCACACAAUCACUCUUGAGCUUACAGGAGACCUAGACAAGAUGGUUGCACUGCAGAGAUUGUUGGAGCCCUAUGGCAUUUGUGAGGUGGCACGAACUGGCCGUGUAGCAUUGGUACGAGAGUCAGGUGUGGACUCAAAACAUCUCCGUGGAUAUUCUUUUCCUGUGUAAGUUUAAGGAAUUAUGGAGUUUUUCGUGUGUUGUGGCAAAGUUUGCUUUGCAUAUAUUCGCCUUGUGGCAGAAAAUUUUGUUUAUUUGGCCAAAGAGAAGAGGUGAAAUAUUUUAAAGAAUCAAUUGUGAAAAGUUUGAACAAUCAAGCUUUAGUUGGCAGCCUGAUUAUCGUAAAUUGUUUUCUGCAUAUGACAAUUAUGGUAAAAAUGAUGAAUAUUAUGAUUG